GCUUGUUAUGACUCCUGUCUAACGGGAGGCACUCGGCUUUGCUGAGCCGCCGACUGGAGGCUGUGUGUGGUGGCGGACAGUGAAGCACAGGCCCCGGGCUCCUUCCCCCGUUUACCCGAAAGGCCGGCCGUCCGCCCGCCUCGUACCCCCACCCCUCGGCCAGUCCCGCGCCAUGCAGGCUGCCCUCUUCCCCUCCGACACCGAAGGCGACGACACGGGCGCCCGGGCGCUGCUGGCUCUCAAGUCGGCGCCUUGCAGCCCGAGCCGGCUGAGCGCUCAGCUCAAGAGCGGUGCCGUGCGCUGGGAGCUGGGCCUCGAUCCGCAGGCCCCGCCCGACGCCGCUAUCGCCAAGCUCGAGGGCCGGGAUUUCGAGUACCUGAUGCGGCAGGAGUCGGUGACUAUCGGCCGCAACUCGAGCCAGGGCCCCGUGGACGUGAACAUGGGCCACUCGAGCUUCAUCUCCCGUCGGCACCUGCAGAUCACCUUCCAGGAGCCGCACUUCUACCUGAAGUGUCUGGGCAAGAACGGCGUCUUCGUGGACGGGGUCUUCCAGAGGAGGGGAGCUCCGCCACUGCCGUUACCCCGACAGUGA